AUGGGGCUGAACAAGCAAAGCAAAAAUUCAUCCUCCAAGUCCAAGUCAAAAUCGAAGAAACAACAUAAGAAGGGUCUCUUCUCUCCACCUGCGAAGGAUGGGUUGAGCGGAGCUUCGUUGGCUGUUUCUUCUCCACCGCCUCCCGUAACAGUGACACGAACUACUGAAGCUUCUUCAAAAGGGGUCUCAGUUUCCGGUUCUGGUCCUGCUAUCGAAGGCACUGUGGCACCUGAGAUCGCUAAAAGGGUGACUCAGGAGCAAAGUAAGAAUUUUCCGGUGGCUGAAGAAGUCACAAUCCGGUCAAGCUCUGGAAUUCAAAAAUCCCAAAAUCUGAUUCCAGAGCAGACUCAGAAACCUCCAACUGAAACACCGAAAUUGGUCGCUGCUCCUAACAAGGCUCCGACACAGGAAACUCAGACAUCCCCAAAUGUGGCUGCGACGGAUCACUCUCUCAAAUCCUCCUCGCAAGCUCCUCUUACAUGGUGCCAACGCUUCAAAACUGGUUCAUCUACUCUCUCGAAGUGUGGUACUCCUUUCAAGCUUGAUAACGGAGAGCUUUGUGUAACAAUACCCAACAAGACCGGAAACGCUACUGACGAAUACUUAAGUGUCCGGUCAGAGGUUCCUGGAACAUAUCCAAAUUCCCUAGACAAGACUUCUAAGCGUUCGUCCCCAUUUGGUACAUCUCAAGGCUUACCAACCCGAGACAUACGUAAUGGUUAG